GUGCGCAUUUGGUUUGUGCUCCACGCACCCGCGGCUCAGGGGAGGCUGAUGUACGAGCGUUAACCUUGAGGACCAGAAGAAAUCUCAAUAUUUCUUUCUUUCACAAAGCACUGGAAUGUGAUUUUCAACUUCAUUUUGAGCUGCUAAAAGUAACAGGGUUAGAUCAAAGAUGUUCGUGGCGUAAGAGUCGCGAUUCCGGGACCUUAAAGAAGUCGUUUUAUGGACGCUCGUGGGACGCAACGAAACAUUUCCUGAAGUGAGGAUAUCAGUCCAGAACCCCAUUUAAUUCGGAAGUCUUGCUUGGAUUUUAUUCUGUUUGAAAUGUGGCGUAAUUUGCUAUGCGCGUGAUUGGGAGAGUAUCUCGUGGACGGUGUACAGUGGGAAAGAGACUGGGUGGACUUAUCUGCAACUGAUCCCCGUUUUCUAAACGCGAUGGACUUGGAAUGAAGACGAAGCAUGGAUAUAAUCUGGGAAAUAUUUAUUAUCCUUCAAGCCAGUCUCAUCGUUUGUACCUCAGCUCAGCCAAAUCCACCCAAAAUCCACGAGGGAUGGUGGGCUUACAAAGAAGUUGUUCAGGGGAGCUUUGUUCCAGUUCCAUCUUUCUGGGGGCUUGUAAAUUCUGCAUGGAAUCUGUGUUCUGUGGGGAAGAGACAGUCUCCAGUCAACAUUGAGACCAGCCAUAUGAUAUUUGAUCCCUUUCUGACACCUCUGAGGCUCAACACUGGCGGACGAAAGGUGGGAGGGACAAUGUACAACACGGGCCGCCAUGUAUCACUCCGAUUGGAUAAAGAGCAUCUAGUCAACAUCUCUGGUGGACCGGUGACGUACAGCCACCGCCUUGAGGAGAUAAGGUUACAUUUUGGCAGUGAGGAUGGACAGGGCUCGGAGCAUCUGCUCAACGGCCAGGCCUUCUCUGGGGAGGUGCAGCUUAUACAUUACAACCAUGAACUCUACACAAACUACACAGAAGCUGCUAAAAGUCCAAAUGGAUUGGUGAUAGUGUCAAUAUUUAUGAAGAUAUCUGAGACUUCAAACUCAUUUCUGAAUCGAAUGUUGAACAGAGACACCAUCACAAGAAUAACAUAUAAGAACGAUGCAUAUCUUCUCUCGGGGCUAAACAUUGAGGAGGUGUAUCCGGAGACGUCGAGUUUUAUCACUUAUGAAGGAUCGAUGACAAUCCCACCCUGUUACGAGACCGCAACUUGGAUUCUGAUGAACAAGCCGAUAUACGUCACAAAGAUGCAGAUGCACUCCAUGCGGCUGCUGAGUCAGAACCAGCCCUCGCAGAUAUUCCUGAGCAUGAGCGACAACGUGCGCCCGGUACAGCCACUAAACAACCGCUGCAUCCGCACCAACAUCAAUUUCAGCAUGCAGGGCAAGGACUGUCCCAACAACAGGGCACAGAAACUGCAGUAUCGAGUGAAUGAGUGGCUGCUGAAAUAAAGCCAGGAUACGGAUCAGCCCAAGAACACUAAACACAAGAAAAAGAAUGAUGGGAAAUGCUGAUGGGGCAGUCAAGACUGACAUAUAUCCUGCCAGAUAGUCAUGACGUUGUAAAGAAUAAAGUAACCCCAGGAGAGACUGCACCGUUGGCAAAGAGAUCCAAUUUCAUACAUCCAAUCAAAACUAGUGACAUAUAGUUAUAACAACUACUCAAAUGUUUUGAUACCUUUUUUGGGAAGAAAACAAUUAAAAAAACAACAUGUAUUUCAUAGCCUCUCCACAAAUGGAACUGGAUGUUUUUAGCCUUUGUACAUAUGGAUAACUUGCUACAAAUCUGGAACAAAGGGACAGGACAUUGCACCCUAAACAGCGACAUCCUCAAAGCAUCACUGCGUUCUUAAUCUUUCUGUGGGGGAGAGACCGCCGACACCAUCAUAGAGAAGAAUGUGGGGUGAUACUGUCUGUGAUACAAUGAGUGUCUUGGCCUUGUAAAUAGAAUUAUUCAUGCUGAAAACGAAUGUGUAAAGAUACAAAUAAACAUUUAAAAAAAUAAUAUCAGAGGGAAAAUAAAUGAAAAAAGUUGAAUAUUUUACGCUUGGCGCACUUUGAAUUUCCGGAGAAGAGCUGAUGCCUUUUUUUUGUUUCAUUGUUUACAAUGGUCAUACACUGUGUUUGAUUAAUGUUAUCGGCCCAAUAAAUGUGUUUGGAAAGUU